AAAGAUUAUCUUCUAGCAGGAUAGAAUAAAAAUGUACAGCGGAGCUCCCUCCGGCGGAAUAGCAAUCGGCGGCGGCGGCGGCGGCGGCGGAGGAAGAGGAGGAGGAAGAACAUGGUCGUCGACUACGUCGGUAUCAACAUCAGGGAAGAGAAUACAGAAGGAAAUGACAGAAUUAAGCAUGGAAGCACCACCAGAUUGUGCAGCUGGACCUAAAGGAGAUAAUCUUUACCAUUGGGUUGCUACUCUCUUUGGACCACCUGGAACACCUUAUGAGGGUGGAAUAUUUUUUCUUGAUAUAACCUUUCCUUCUGAUUAUCCAUUUAAACCUCCAAAGGUUGUAUUCAAAACUCGCAUAUAUCAUUGUAAUGUAGAUCCUUCCGGCAAUGUUAGCUUGGACAUCCUAACAGAGAACUGGAGUCCAGCGUUAACAAUCUCAAAGGUGCUACUUGCUCUGAGAUCAAUGUUCACCAAUCCUGAAACUUAUAAACCGGUUGUUCCUGGUAUUGCACACUUAUACUUGGGAGAUAAAGCCAAACAUGAUGAAAUAGCUGCACAAUGGACACUGAGAUUUGCAAGGUGAAAGAAGAACUUGAUGUGGAACUUUUUUAACAAGUUCAGGUAUCAUCUUAGUGGCUAACCAUGAAGGUCAUUAUACACUUUGUUCCCGAGAAGAUUCAAGAGAACGUGAUUUCUACUGGCUAUGCAAAGACAAGCGAGAAAUCGGAUGAUAUAUUCACGUGUACUCGUGUGGAAUAUCUUUGUAACAUGUUGGAAACGAUAAAUAUCUAUACUCCAACUUGAGAGGGAGUGCUACGUAAUGUAUAUAUACACAUCUUCAUACAAUCGUAGGUUGAGAUAUUUAGGGAUUUCGUAACAUUGUUUCCUUAGAUAGAUUUACUUGUACACCUACGAAUAGCUACCAUUGUGUCUUUAUCAUAUAUUAUUAUAAGUGGGAAGCUUUCAACUUUAAAGUUGAAUUA